AUGGCACCUCAAGUUCUCAUUCUCGGCAUGCCAAGGACCGGCACACAAUCCAUCGGCGAGGCACUUCGCACUCUCGGAUGUGCCAACGUCUACCACAUGACAACGGUUGGCCCGAACAACCAUCAUGACAAAUGGGUCGCUGCCCUCGAGGCCAAAUUUGAGGGAAAGGGUCCUAUGCCUGGCCGCAAGGAGUUUGACGAGCUCUUGGAAGACUUCGAUGCUGUUUCCGACUUCCCAUGCUCCAUCUUCUACCGGGAGCUGAUGGUAGCCUACCCAGAAGCCCGAAUCAUCUUGAGCACCCGAUCGGAGGAUCUCUGGUUCGACUCCAUGUGCAAGACCUUGAAUUGUGCAUUCGUCAAUUCCAAGGCCGAGCCAUCCCAGCUUGCAAAGCUGUACAACUUGCACCUCUGGGGCAAUGAUUUCGAGGCCAACGGACGCCAGGCUUUCCGCACGCACAUGGCGGGUGUGCACGCCGCGGCCGCCGAGUUGAAGCGAGAUGUGCUUGAGUUUGAUCCAUCGCAGGGCUGGGAGACGCUCUGCGCCUUUUUGGAGAAGCCUGUUCCUCAGGGCGUCGCGUAUCCUCGCAAGGAUAUGUGGGUGCCAUACAAGAAGAUGACCAGGGAGAUGGUGGCUGGACAGUUGACUGAGGAGUCGAUCAAGUCCAAGUUGGAUUAUGCGAAGGAAGCCAAAGAGCUGGGCAACAACCUGGCCACCAGCUCCGCCCGUAGCGAGCAGCCUGUGUUGAUGAAGGAGAAUAUCGAUGAGGGCAUCAAGGCUGCGUACAUCUACACGCAAUGA